AUGCCACGCAAGAUUGAAGGCUUCUUCUUAUUGCUUCUCUUUGGCUAUGAAGCCACAUUGGGACUGUCUUCGACAGAGGAUGAGGGUGAGGACCCUUGGUACCAGAAAGCGUGCAAGUGUGAUUGCCAGGGAGGAGCCAAUGCUCUGUGGUCUGCGGGAGCCGCCUCCUUAGACUGUAUUCCAGAAUGCCCAUAUCACAAGCCCCUGGGUUUCGAGUCAGGGGAAGUCACACCAGAUCAGAUCACUUGCUCCAACCCAGAGCAGUAUGUGGGCUGGUAUUCCUCAUGGACUGCAAACAAGGCCCGGCUCAACAGUCAAGGUUUUGGGUGUGCUUGGCUUUCCAAGUAUCAGGACAGUAGCCAGUGGUUACAGAUAGAUUUGAAGGAGAUCAAGGUGAUUUCGGGGAUCCUUACCCAAGGACGCUGUGACAUAGAUGAGUGGAUGACCAAGUACAGUGUGCAAUAUAGGACUGAUGAACGCCUGAACUGGAUUUACUAUAAGGAUCAGACUGGAAACAAUCGGGUUUUCUAUGGAAACUCUGACCGGAGUUCUACAGUCCAGAACUUACUGAGGCCCCCCAUUAUUUCGCGCUUCAUCCGACUGAUCCCUCUAGGCUGGCAUGUCCGAAUUGCCAUCCGGAUGGAGCUGCUUGAGUGUGCCAGCAAGUGUGCCUGAUGCCUAGUUCAGCUCAGUCCUGCCACUUGCAGGGAAAGCUUGGGGGAGGGUCACCUUGAA